GCAAAGAAAGAUGCGCAAAGCAGCAAACGUCUCCUCUCCGUUGGCUUUGGAGUCACUUCCCUGUCCCUCUCCACUCCCACUUUCUCCUCCUUCCUCCUCCACCAUUUUCUUGCGCUUCUCGUGAAGUCGCCUCAAGGCCUCAUUUCCAUCUCCUGAUUCCGAAUUGCAUUGCCCUCCCCGGUGCCUGAGCGCCGCAACUACCUCAGGUAUCUGCUGAAAAUCUGUAUUUGGCCAAUUUCAACUUCAGCCUCUCCGUCCGUUGAAUUUGGGAGGAAACUUCCUGGCCACCUUAACAUAUCCAGGGCAUCCUUCUACCCAUUCAGACAUGUCGACCUGUUUAUCGACAAAUCUCGCACCAUCGGUUGGUGGAAACCGUAAGGGAGUGUUGAAUUUAAGAGGAGGCAGAGUGUUGGUGGAGAAUCGGUGGUUUGAAGUGAAGUCCGGGAAGAUGAUUGGAACAAAGAAUAAUUUUCUGGGUGCCAACAUGAGGUCUGUUCUGCCUCAAAUUAUGUGUUCGACCAACUCUCAUAGUGUUAGCACAUAUCAAAGUAAAGAUCCCUUUCUGAAUUCACACCCUGAAGUUGCCAUGCUUAGAGGGAAUAAACGAGGAAAUAACACAGCAAACAAACAGAAUGAUGGUUUGGGUGGAAAUGUGGUGGAAAGCUUAAGAGACACAUCCAACCAAAGUAAUCACAGUGAAGCUAAGAUCAAGGUUAUAGGAGUUGGAGGUGGUGGGUCAAAUGCAGUCAAUCGCAUGAUAGAAAGUGCUAUGAAGGGCGUGGAGUUUUGGAUCGUGAACACAGAUAUCCAAGCCAUGAGAAUGUCUCCUGUGUUUCCUGAUAAUCGUUUGCAGAUUGGUCAAGAGCUGACUAGAGGUCUUGGAGCAGGGGGGAACCCUGAAAUUGGCAUGAAUGCUGCCAAAGAAAGCAAAGAAGCAAUAGAAGAGGCACUUUAUGGCUCAGAUAUGGUCUUUGUCACGGCUGGAAUGGGUGGAGGAACCGGCACUGGGGGUGCUCCUAUAAUUGCAGGAGUAGCAAAAUCAAUGGGUAUAUUGACCGUUGGUAUUGUGACAACCCCAUUUUCUUUUGAAGGACGAAAGCGAACUGUUCAAGCCCAGGAAGGAAUAGCAUCUCUGAGAGACAAUGUGGACACUUUGAUUGUUAUUCCCAACGACAAGUUGUUGACUGCAGUUUCGCCAUCGACCCCGGUCACAGAAGCAUUUAAUCUGGCUGAUGACAUUCUUAGGCAAGGCGUUCGGGGAAUCUCUGACAUAAUCACGGUUGUGGCAAGAAUACUUUGUUUAGUAUUUUGGGCUCUGAUACAACUUAUUAGAGAUACCGGGCUGGUCAAUGUUGAUUUUGCUGAUGUGCGGGCUAUAAUGGCUAAUGCAGGAUCUUCAUUAAUGGGGAUAGGGACUGCAACAGGGAAGACAAGGGCAAGAGAUGCUGCAUUAAAUGCCAUCCAAUCUCCAUUACUUGAUAUUGGUAUUGAGAGGGCUACUGGAAUAGUUUGGAACAUAACUGGUGGAAGCGACCUGACCUUGUUUGAGGUCAAUGCUGCUGCUGAGGUCAUAUAUGACCUAGUGGAUCCAACGGCCAAUCUGAUAUUUGGAGCAGUGAUUGAUCCAUCACUGUCUGGCCAGGUCAGCAUUACCUUAAUUGCAACUGGAUUCAAACGCCAAGAAGAAAGCGAAGGAAGGUCGCUUCAGUCGGGCCAGAUACAAGGAGAUGGACUAAAUAGGCGGCCCUCUUCAUAUGGUGAAGGCACUUCAGUGGAAAUCCCUGAGUUCCUAAAGAAGAAGGGGCGAUCACGCUUUCCGAGAGCUUGAUCUUAUUAGGAUGUGUUUAUAUUACCACAAAAAAGUUGCCUCCUUUGCGAUUUCCGCUUCUUACCUUUCAGGAGAGGUUUAAGUUUUGUAAAUCGUGUAUAGUUCUUACGUGACUUGAGGUUUUGUUUGAGAUGUAGCCAAAUGUUGGUAGUAUUUCGUUUUCUAUAGGUAUUAGAGUUGCCUUUUGUUCUAUCUGGACGGCCAUCGGAUGAUAUAGUAUGGUGCAGCUUUUGGCCGUCACAUGUUUAAGCUGCAUCAACACGUUUGAAAGUCUUAGGGUUGGCUACAGUUUGUUAGCCUUAACUACUUGUCAGUAUAUUCAUCCAAAAGUUAGCUUAUCUUAUUUCUUUGGAUGAAAGAGAUAGACUAUUGUACUUUGAUCGUGGAGAUGGUCAUCUGCCGUUGUGGGCUA